CAAAAAAAGUAGCAUUGUUUACAUUUUUUUAUCUUUCGCGCCUUCACUCUGAAGUCUGAAGAUUUUCGCAAAGAAUUUCAAUUAUUAAUAAUUAAUUAAUUAAUACUUAUUUCCAAUUGUAUUACCAUUAUAAACUUCGUGACGUGCUGUUUCUGAAACGAAUCAACAAAGUACAAUCGUUGAAGGUUUCAAGUUUUAAAACCAUGAGCUGAAAGAUUACAAUAAUAAUAUGAACUUUCAAUAAUCCAUACGGAAUUGAAAAUCGUUGGUAUUUUUCGUACCUAUGCUGAAAAAAUGCGUCGCAGUCAAGCACCCAGUCGAGUACAGAAAAGAAAUUUUGACGAGAAAGAUUCUCCACCAGAUCCUAAAAAAAGAUCUGCAGCGAAUGCUUGUAUGAGAAAGAUUAAAUCGAUUGAUGAUGUUUUCGACGAUGAGCAGAAAGUAGAAACUCCAGUCUCAGCAUCUAUUCAUGAAGAAUUAAUUCGAUCUAUACUCUCCAAACCGUUCAAAGUUCCUAUACUCAAUUAUAGCGGCAAUGGAGGAUCUAGAGCUCUUGGUAUUAAGAGAGAUGGUGUCCGAAGAGCUUUACACGAUCCCACCGAACCCGGUGCAUUGGUUCUGUACACUCCGCCACAACUCAGCGCUCAUGAUUUAUUGAAAAUUGAUAAAGAUAAACAAUUGGUUCACGUUGUUGUCGAUCCGAUACUUUCGAAUAUUUUGAGACCUCAUCAAAGAGAAGGAGUACAAUUUAUGUACGAAUGUGUAACUGGUCAGAGAAUAGAAAACGCUUACGGUUGUAUAAUGGCUGAUGAAAUGGGUCUUGGUAAAACUUUACAAUGCAUCACAUUAUUAUGGACAUUGAUACGACAAGGUCCUGAAGCUAAACCUCUUGUUGAUAAAGUUAUUAUCGUUUGUCCAAGUUCAUUAGUAAAAAAUUGGUGCAAUGAAAUAACGAAAUGGUUGGGAAAUCGAACAUCGGGUUUACCAAUUGAUGGCGGAGGUAGAAAUGAAGUCAUUAAUAAGUUGAAUGGUUUCGUUCAGAAAAGAUACGGUCGAAUCAUGCAACCAAUUUUGGUCAUUUCCUAUGAAACGUUUCGAAGUUACGCAGAUAUACUACGUAAAGGAGACAUCGGUUUGGUAUUAUGUGAUGAAGGCCAUCGUUUGAAAAAUUGCGAAAAUCAAACAUAUCAAGCUCUCAGCAGUUUACCAACAAAACGACGAGUUCUACUCUCCGGGACGCCUAUACAGAAUGAUCUGUUGGAAUAUUUCAGUUUAGUUCAUUUCGUCAAUCAAGGAAUUCUAGGAACCGCCGCAGAAUUUCGAAAGCACUAUGAAAAUCCUAUUUUGAAAGGACAAGACUCGUGCGCUACUGAAGCUGAACGAAAAAAAGCCGGCGAACGUUUAGAAGAAUUGAUCUCUUUAGUGAAUAAAUGUCUCAUUCGAAGAACAUCAACUUUACUGUCGCAGUACCUUCCACCCAAGACGGAGCAAGUUGUUUGCAUUAAAAUGUCAGCUUUGCAGACUUCGUUAUAUCAACACUUGAUGAAAUCUGAUGCAGUUCGAAGAACCGUCAAAGGAUCAGAAAACAAGGUGUCUUUAACUGCGCUUUCUAUGAUCACUUCUUUGAAAAAACUAUGCAACCAUCCAGAUCUAGUAUGGGAGAAAAUGUCAUCAAAUUCUGACGGCUUUGAAGGAGCUACAAAAUUACUUCCUAAUGAAUAUGCUAGUUGGCAAAAGAAAAAUAUUCUGAAAAUUGAAUUAUCGACAAAACUGAUGGUGCUGGAUUGUAUGUUAGCUGUAAUUAAAACAACAACGAAUGAUAAAAUUGUAUUAGUUUCCAAUUAUACGCAAACACUGGACCUAUUUGAAAGACUUUGCCGAUUGCGUAACUAUAAUUACGUCCGUUUAGAUGGUUCUAUGACUAUUAAAAAAAGAGCGAAGGUGGUCGAAUCAUUUAAUUCAUCCCCAUCUGAAUUUAUUUUCAUGCUGAGUUCGAAAGCUGGAGGCUGUGGAUUGAAUUUAAUUGGAGCCAAUCGUUUAGUAAUGUUUGAUCCUGACUGGAAUCCAGCCAAUGAUGAUCAAGCUAUGGCCAGAGUAUGGCGUGAUGGACAAAAGAAACCCUGCUUCGUGUAUCGAUUCUUGGCGACCGGAACCAUCGAAGAAAAAAUGAUGCAACGCCAAGCUCACAAAAAAGCUCUAAGCUCGACAGUCGUAGACUGUGAAGAUGAUGUAGCCCGGCAUUUCAGUUUAUCGGAAUUGCGAUCGUUGUUCCAAUUGGAAGAAAAUACCAUCAGUGAUACUCACGAUAAAAUCAAAUGUAAUCGUUGUGUGAACGGAAUACAAACCAAACCACCCCCACCGGACAGUGACUGCACCAAUGAUCUAUCCUGCUGGCAUCAUUGCUCAGAUAAAAGAUGGCUGGUUGAUCCGAUUUUAAAACAGUGCUGGAGUGCUGGAAUUUCCUUCGUGUUUUAUCAACAUUCGUACAAAUACCACGAAAAAACGCAAGCUCUUCAAAAGGAAAGUAAUAAAGAAAACGAAGAUUGUAACGGUAUUGAAGAAGAUGCGUGAAUAUUCAACUAAGAUGACUAAUUUUAAUGUUUUUAAUUAUCUAUUAUUUCUUAUUGUGUGAAUUUAGAAUAGUUUUUGUUCGUAACUUCUGAAGAUUUUUUUUAAUACAAAGUUACCUGUAUGAUGAUUCUCGUGAACCCAUUAAUUUAUGUUUUAAGGAGCUAAGUAAUAAAUUUUGUGAUGAAUUUUUUA